UGGAACCUCCCCCUCCUCGCUUUCUCAGCCUUUUCUAACCCCGCUCCCAUCUGAGAGAGUGAGAUCGAGCUCGCUUUAACGAGGAGAGGCUGGCGUGUUGCGCAAUCACACAGGGAGCGGGAUGUUUACUAACCUUGAAUUAGUUCCAGUGCAAGGGGAAGUGUUUGAUGUGAAGUCUCCCAAUGUUGUAUAAAGCCUCUUCACUCCUGUGCAUCGCCGGACGAGAAUGUGUAUUUGACAUGUGGAGGAAAGAGGUGAAGAAAACGCGUAGUGUUGCCUUGGUUUUAUUUAGCUUCAUACUUUUCAAAGCAACCUUCUGACUUGUGUUCCUUGUUGCAAAACUGGUCCCUGCAGAGCUGUCCGCGGAACCGCAGCUUGUAUAGAUGGGUGUGUGGGUACAGUGAGCCGCCACCAUGGCCCUGGUGCAGACUCUGCCCGUACCUAUUGAUCACCAGAACGCCGGCAUCGAUAUCCAGCACCGGGCUGUUCCCAGAUCCCCCUCCAGCCGCAGUGCAAUGGGUUCGGUCAGCAGCCUGAUCUCGGGGCGCACCUAUCAGGAGCAUCCAUGCAGGACCACCGAGUUCCCCUCCAAGAGCCGCAAGCCAGCGUCGGGACCCAACGUCUUCCGCCAGCAAGAUGGGCAGCUCAGGAACGGCUGCUGUAAGGACCCCCUGGUCAGCGGUGUGCCAGCCAGGAAGGCAGCCCCUGUUCCCGCGAGCAACAGUAAUUAUGCUUACCUGAACGAGGAGUUUGUUGGGGACUGGAAUGACAAUAACAUGACUCCCAGCAGCCCUUGUAGCGAGCCUGAGGAACUCCAGGAAGCAAAAGCAGCAAACGGGAAUAUCGGGGGACCCCCACCAAAACUGAUUCCUGUUUCCGGAAGACUGGAAAAGAACAUUGAGAAGAUGUUAAUCCGACCCACAGCCUUUAAACCUGUGGUGCCCAAGAACCGAAACUCUGUGCAGUACCUGUCUCCACGGCCAGGGGGCAGUGCAGGGAGUGGCAGCAACCUGUCAGAGAGCCAGGGCAGCCUGAACCUGCUCCUCCCGGCAGACAAGCGCUGCUCCUACAGUGGGGGGCGCAACGGCAGCAGCCAGUCCUGUACCAUGUCAGACUCUGGCAGGAACUCUCUGUCCAGCCUGCCCACCUGCAGCACCGGGUACAGCCUGUCCCAGACUGAGGCCCCCAGCGCACACCUGGACCCCUCCCGGGCAGCCCUCAGGCAUGGCCACUCCAACUCGGACAGCGGGCGCUCCUCGUCCAGCAAGAGCACCGGCUCUCUGAGCGGCCGGGGGCAGCCCCUCUCGGACAGCGGCUCCUGUGGCCGCUCCCCGGGCCCUGUGGAGGUGGAGGAGGGGCUGAUCCGCGAGCUGGAGGAGAAGCUGAGAGAGAGGGAGCUGGAGCUGCAGCAGCUGAGGGGUAACCUGGACGAGAACGAAGCCGCCAUCUGUCAGGUGUAUGAAGACAAGCAGAAGCGCUGUGAGUUGGAGCUGGAGGACCUGCGUCAGAGCUGCUCCUCGAAGCUGAAGCAGGCUUCCCAGAAGGCUCAGCGUGCCCAGCAGGUCCUGCAGCUGCAGGUCUUCCAGCUCCAGCAGGAGAAGAAGAAGCUGCAGGAUGACUUCUCCCAGCUCCUUCAGGAGAGGGAGCUCCUGGAGAAGAAGUGCGCUUCCAUGAAGCAGCAGCACACCGAGCUGGGGCCCCGGCUGGAGGAGACCAAGUGGGAGGUUUGCCAGAAGUCCGGAGAGAUCUCCCUUCUGAAGCAACAGCUAAAGGACCUGCAGACAGACUUGAGCCAGAAGGCCAGUGAGAUUGUUUCCUUGAAGGCACAGCUGCGCGAGUCCAGGGCCGAGCUGCAGGCCGCCCAGGCUCACCUCCAGGAGCUGCACUCAGCCACCCGCACACGCACCCUGGAGCUGGAGGUGUGUGAGAACGAACUGCAGCGCCGCAUCAGCGAGGCUGAGCUCCUGAGGGACAAGGUGGGCCGGUUGGAGGAGGAGGUUGUCCGUCUUCGGGAAGCGCUGAAAACCCCCAAUGGGCAGUGCCUAGGGAGGAGCUUCGGCCUGGCUCUGCCCACAGGCUCGGGCUACAGGGAGGAAGAGCAGUCCCUGGCAUGCGAGAGCGAUGAAGCCAAAGCCCAGCGUCAGAACGCAGACGCCCUGCAGGGCCUGAAACAGCAAGUGGAGAGGCUGAGGGCAGAGCUGAUGUAUGAGAGGCGGAAGAGCGAGGACCAGUCGGAGAACUUUGAGUACGAGAGGCGGAUCUGGCAGGAGGAGAAGGAGAAGGUUAUCCGCUACCAGAAGCAGCUGCAGCAGAACUACAUACAGAUGUACCGCAGGAACCGGGAGCUGGAGGGGGCCAUGAGGGAGCUGAGCCUGGAGCUGGAGACCCGAGAGCUGGAGGACCUCGAGGUGCACAGCGCGGAGAUCCGAUUCGAGGAAAUCACCGCCACGGAGAUUUAGCACUAGGGCUGAAAGCCACUGGUCCAUCUGAGGCCAGUCGAGCUUCAAAGAAUCAACAUUUCAAAGACUCACGCCAAGCCCAGAGCUAUGGCAACACAGCGGGCUGGGAGGAUGUCAGACACAGUUUUUUAUUUUUGCAGCAUUCGGUGUGGGAAUCUAUGCUGCAAAACCCCAGGGAGGACACUACAGUGUAUACUAUACAAAGCUUACUCAGGCUUGAGAAAAGUGACUCCUUCCCUGAGUACACACAACAGUGCCAUUCUGUGCUAUAGAGGGUUUAACAGUUAUCUGAAUAGGCUUCUGUUUCUCCUCUGCAAUGGGACGUAAAGCAGCAAACCUAUGCAUAACGGUAUUGAAUGACAUCAUGUGCUUUAUAUUCAAAAAGGAAAACCAAUGGGUCUGGAUUCGGGACUUAUGGCUAUUUCAGUGACCAGACUUGUUGUUUAGCACAAAGAAACCUUCGGCAAGACCAGAUUUGUGUUUGGACCCAACGGAUUGCACUAAAACCGAAUCACAUAUUAUGAAGAGGAGUUAGCAGAACUAUGCCUGUGGGGUAAAGCCUGGAGGUAUUAAGGAGUCAUGAUUUUAGCCUGCCAUUUCUGUAAGGUGAUUCAUAUGUCAUAUUUCAGGUUGAAUGUGACACUGCAGUACACCAAAUCUGCUGUUCUUUUUGUGCGCUAUUGUUUUUGGAUACAUUUGUUUUUGGACCUUGAUAAACUUUUAUUAAUAAAACAGACACAGCCAAAUCCUUCUGAUCAGUCCUCCCAGUUAACAUGCCAAGCACCAUUCGGAAGAAACUGGGUUGGAUUCAUGAUGAUGAUGAUGAUGAUGAUGAUGAUGAAGCUGCUCACAGUUGGAGACAAGUGUCUAUUGAAUAAAAGCUUCCCAGAAAGGGUGUGCAGUUUCCAUACCUAAAGGGAUCAAUUCUAAUUUUGAUUGUUGAAGUUGAACCCACUUUUCAGAUGUAUAUUUUUGUAUGAUGAACUGCAAAAGCCAAAAUACAUAUAUGUUUUUUUACCUAAAACACAUAAUAAACCCCAUUGUAAUUGCGCUCGCCACCAAACCAUGUAUGCUUAUAUUACAGUCGCAGACAAAAGUAUUGGCAAUCUAUGCUUAAAGUGUAUUUGUUUUUUUGAUGAAGGUUAUUUGCUACAUCACUAGAAAUUGUGUGUUUUGCUUUUCGUUAGUUUACUCAGUACUUGUCCGUAAUCUGUUACCUAGAAUUCUACUAUGCCGUUACUUUGGUCUGCGACUGUACAUGCUGUAUAUAGUUCUUGCAGUUUGCUGAGGUAGGCUGUGGAUGUAAUUCACUGCUAAGGAUGUAAUCGUGUGGCCAUUGUUUUACUCCAGCUCUUACAAGAAGGGCUCUUUCUGUCUCUAUUCCCUCAUUUGUCAAGAGUUUCUAUCUGCAGGAUGCGGCUCCCAUGGGCUAAGUAGAGACUGACUUCACAAGUUAACUGAAUUUAAACCCCAGUAGUAGAGUGCUCCCCUAUAUGCCAUUAAUCCCCUCCUAAAUUAAUUGUGUUUAAAAGGAAACUGUCAAGAUAUUAUUCCAGCAAAGCCUCUUAAGAACUUGCUGCCCUGAUGAAGCAACAUUUGUGGAUAAAACUAAUCGGGACUGUGCCUGCUUCCACACUUCCAGGACUGUGCUGCCUCCACACUUCCAGGACUGUGCUGCCUCCACACUUCCAGGACUGUGCUGCCUCCACACUUCCGGGACUGUGUCUGCUUCCACACUUCCAGGACUGUGCUGUCUCCAUGCUCCCUGUCCCAUCACGCAUGUUAGUGUAGAGCAGUUCAAUGGCACAAUCAAACUUAAACAUUGAAACUUCCUUUUUUAUACCCUUUUGAGAUGGAUUAAAUAAUUAUAUUUCAUGAACUUUUUUAGUUGUAGUUGUAGUGCUGUGUUAUAUAUAAAUGAUAUAUGACCCUAACCUUAACCCUUUCUAGUGAUCUUGUAAGAAAUCACACAAAGAUCAACUUUUUCGUUUGAAGCAGUAUGUUGACUGUGUCCGCAUUCAAGAGAAAUACACUGGUGGAAGAAUACCAACCUUUUUAGUCGUAAAAACCUCUCUUUCUCGUCGCCCAUAAGCAUGAACUACACGAGAACUUGACGAUCAUUUUAAUUUCUCAAUAGGCUCUCCUACAAAUUGAUCUGGAGGCCAUAGAGUGGGACAGUGUCUCAAAUGUCACCCGCUGAACCAAAAGCAAACAGAAUAAAACACAGAAGUGAUGAAGAAUCAGCUGUGCAGGGUCAUCUCGGGGGUGCUGCUGUGUGUAAAGCAGCAAGCUGAGGGCUGUAGCCAGCGUAUAGGGGAACCCAAGCAGGAUCAUUAACACCAGCGUGAUGUCGAGUCCUUCAGAGCAGGAUCAUUAACACCAGCGUGAUGUCGAGUCCUUCAGAGCAGGAUCAUUAACACCAGCGUGAUGUCGAGUCCUUCAGAAUAUCUCGUAUAACAACAUGAUUUCCAGGCUUCCAGAUUCCUGUACGUUAUAUCCACAUGCUGUACAGGUAUUGCAAAGAAGUCCAUAAUGUAAAUAUCUGUAACAUUGUAGACUUUAAUGUAGACGCACUAUAUAUACAUAUAUAUCGAUCUAUUUUAAAAGUAGCGACUGAAUAGAUCAAAGCAAAAUAACUGGUUUUCAUUCUUGUAUGUGUGUGUUUGUGUGUAUUGGUUUCCAUACUUGUUUUUUUGUUUAUCCACAGUGUAUGUAGCCAUUCUGUAUAUUUUUCAUGUUGUAAAUCUUCUGUACAAAACAAUACUGUGUUUCUAAUAAAACCCAGUUGAAAAGUA